AUGGCAAAAAGCAUCUUCACAGCCACCAUCUGCUGUUGCCCCCGCACCACCAGUUUGAUCCUGGUGCGCCCGCUGCAAAGAACCCUGCACGGCUUGCCGUUCCACCCGCCAUUGGACCCCCUUUGGCGAGACAACUUCACGUCCAUCAAGGAAGGCCUGGAGACGUGCGUGUGUGUUGGCCGCUUGCCAGCCUGCAAGCCAUGCCGCGCGCCGGCGGACGUGCCUGACUGGUCGUUGUCGUCUUUGAUGAGCAGGCAAAAACAGCCACCCGUUGUCCGCCCCAAUGUGUUUGUCGUACAAAGUAAGGAUACGACGCAGGUAUUAUUUCCGUCUCGCCUGCCUUGCGCGCAUGUCUUUGAACCUGCCCGGGCUGCUGCUGCCGCUGGCGGCAUGGCCCGUUGCCGUCCGCCCGCCCGCCCACGCGCGGUGCUGCCCCGUGCCCCCCGUACCUCGUAUCACCUCGAGGUCGCGCGCACUUGA